GGGGAUAGCUUUAUAAGAAACCCUAAAUCUCAAUUGCUAGGGCACUCUACUCGGAAGCGGCAGCUGCAUUUUCUGCAUUUGGUGAUUCUAUCGACUCUCUUCUAGAGCAGAGCAGCCAUGAUUAUUCCAGAGAAGAACCGGAGAGAGAUCUCCAAGUACCUCUUUCAAGAGGGUGUGUGCUUUGCAAAGAAGGACUACAACUUGGCGAAGCACCCCGAGAUCGAUGUCCCGAACCUCCAGGUGAUUAAGCUCAUGCAGAGCUUCAAGUCAAAGGAAUACGUGCGGGAGACUUUUGCCUGGAUGCAUUACUAUUGGUAUCUUACUAACGAUGGAAUUGAGUUCCUGCGGACGUACCUCAACCUGCCCUCAGAAAUCGUCCCCGCCACGCUGAAGAAGUCGGCCAAGCCCCUUGGCCGUCCCAUGGGUGGACCGCCAGGAGAUCGUCCUCGUGGACCUCCUAGAUUUGAUGGAGAUAGACCACGGUUUGGUGGUGAUAGGGAUGGCUACCGUGGUGGACCAAGAGGGCCACCUGGUGAAUUUGGCGGUGACAAAGGUGGAGCGCCUGCUGAUUAUCAGCCUGCUUUCAGGGGUGGUGGCGGGCGCCCUGGUUUUGGCCGCGGUGGGGGUGGCUUUGGUGGAGCUCCUUCAAGUUAGGUUUUUUAUAUCAUCUACUUAUAUAAAAUUGUGGCACCUAAGUUGAAGUUUUGCAUUUUACCUUCUGAAAUGUACUCUCUGAUGUUUUUGUUGGUCUGAAAUUUUGUUCCCGUGACAAGAACGUGUUGGCUGCACAUUUAUCUGCCACAAUUACAUCUUUUUCGUUUGUUUAUUUGUUAUUAUGAUGCUUUCAUUGACUGGUA